UACAGUGCCAGGAGCCAUGCCACAGCUGGAGCUGGUCAUGUUGGUGCUGCUGGUGGUGAUGGGGGAGGGAGAGCCUGUGUGCAGGCUGCAGAGCAGGGAAGAGCUGCCAGACCUGGCCAAGGAUGGGGACCUUGUCAUCGGAGGCAUCUUCUCGUUCCGCACCGAACAAGAUGGGGUCAUAGACACAUUUCAGACCAUCCCCAAAAUUCGUAGAUGCAUAAAUUAUAAUUUCAGAGAAUUCCAGUUUGCUCAAACAAUGAUCUUUGCAAUUGAGGAGAUCAACAGAAACUAUGAAAUUCUUCCAGGCAUUAAGCUUGGAUACAAAAUCUACAAUCACUGUGGCACUAUGGAUAUACUGAGAACUGCGAUGGCUCUGGUGAACGGACAGAAGAGCAUAAUCAAUGACAACAACUGCACUGAAUCGGACACAGUCCAGGCCAUCCUUGGUCAUUCUGGAUCAACACCUACUAUCGGAAUGGCACAGAUGGUUGGGAGGUUUCAAAUACCAGUGAUCAGCCACUUCGCCACCUGUGGGUGUCUGAGUAACAGAAAGGAGUUCCCUUCCUUCUUCAGAACCAUCCCCAGUGACUACUACCAGAGCAGAGCCUUGGCCCAACUGGUGAAGCACUUUGGCUGGAGCUGGGUGGGGGCUAUAAGCAGUGAUAAUGACUACGGGAAUAGAGGCCUAGCCACCUUCAUGCUAGCUGCACAGGAGGAAGAAGUGUGUAUAGAAUACUCUGAGGCAUUUGAGCAGACAGGUCCGCGCCAUGAGAUUCUCAGGAUAGUGGAGACUAUUAAACAGUCCAGUUCAAAGGUCAUCAUGGCCUUCAUGACCCACAGGGAGAUCAAGGUUCUGGUGAGUGAGCUCUACAGGCACAAUAUCACAGGACUGCAGUGGAUCGGCAGUGAUGCCUGGAUCACAGACCCUUCUCUCACUGCCAUCGAGGGAUACAGCGCCCUAUUGGGCGCCAUAGGCUUCACGGUGACCAAGGCUCACAUCCCCGGGCUGGGAGACAUGUUUCUCAGGGAUUUCUGGGAGAUUGUGUUCGACUGCUCGCUCAAUAUGACUACAGAACCUAAGAGGAAGCCAUGCAACGGCUCUGAGAGUUUAAGAGACGUGCAGAACACGUUCACAGAUGUGUCCGAGUUCACAUUCACUAAUAAUGUGUAUAAGUCUGUGUAUGCUGUGGCUCAUGCCCUCCACAACCUGUUGACAUGUGAGGAGAGCCGGGGCCCCUUCUCUAAUGGGAGCUGUGCUCAACCCACACACAUCCAGCCAUGGCAGGUUUUGUAUUACCUUCAAAAAGUGAAUUUCACAACAGAGGAAGGAGAGAGAGUGUUUUUCGAUAGUAAUGGAGACUCACCGGCUAGAUACGAACUGGUUAACUUACAAACCACUAACCCAGGCACCAUGGAUGGAGUCACCGUCGGUACCUAUGAUGCCGCACUGCCAAAAGGCCACCAGUUCAUGAUGAAUAACGUCAGUGUCGUUUGGAGAGGAGGUAGUAAAAUGAUACCCGUGUCAGUGUGCAGUGAGAGUUGUCCCCCAGGUACUCGUAAGGCUGUACAGAAAGGAAAGCCUGUAUGCUGUUAUGACUGUGUCCCAUGUUCAGAGGGAGAGAUCAGCAACGCUACAGAUUCCAUCGACUGUAUGAGGUGCGAGCUGGAAUACUGGUCCAACAAGUACAGAGAUUCCUGCCUUCCGAAAGAAGUUGAAUUCUUAUCUUAUGAGGAAAUCAUGGGGACACUGCUGGCCUUGUUUUCAUUGCUAGGGGUGUUUCUUACCGUGAUGACAUCAUUCAUUUUCUACUGUUACAGAGAGACUCCCAUCGUCAGGGCCAACAACUCUGAGCUGAGCUUCCUGCUGCUCUUCUCCUUGACUCUGUGUUUUCUGUGUUCUCUUACCUUCAUUGGCCGGCCCUCUGAGUGGUCCUGUAUGCUGCGCCACACAGCGUUUGGGAUCACCUUCGUCCUCUGCAUCUCUUGUGUUCUGGGGAAAACAAUAGUGGUGUUGAUGGCCUUCAGGGCUACGCUUCCAGCCAGUAAUGUCAUGAAAUGGUUUGGUCCUCCACAGCAGAGACUCAGUGUUUUGGCUUUCACUCUCAUACAGGUCCUGAUCUGUGUUCUUUGGUUAACAGUCUCGCCUCCUUUCCCCUACAAGAACAUGAAAACCUAUCAGGAAAAGAUAAUUCUAGAGUGUGAUGUGGGUUCAGCUAUUGGUUUCUGGGCUGUGUUGGGCUAUAUAGGACUCCUGGCUCUCUUGUGCUUUGUGCUGGCUUUUCUGGCUCGGAAGCUGCCUGAUAACUUCAAUGAGGCAAAAUUCAUCACCUUCAGCAUGCUCAUAUUCUGUGCUGUCUGGAUCACCUUUAUCCCAGCUUAUGUCAGCUCUCCUGGGAAGUUCACUGUAGCCGUGGAGAUCUUUGCUAUUCUGGCCUCCAGUUUUGGUUUACUUCUCUGUAUAUUUGCUCCUAAAUGUUUCAUUAUAUUGCUGAGGCCAGAGCAAAACACCAAGAAACAUAUGAUGGGGAAGACAUCCAAUGAUAUAAGUCAUUAACAUAUUUUAGAAAAUGU